UUCCGGUGGGCCAUCUUGCUCCUACUCCAUCUGUGUGGCAUAAUACCAAAGAGAAAGAAAACGUUAGAAGGCUAUUAUAGCAUAAGGAUAUAAAAGGAUAUAGAAUGGGCAAGAAGCAUAAAAAACACAAGUCCGAAAAAUACGAAGAGUAUGGGGAGAGACCAUUGAAACUGGUUCUUAAGGUUGCUGGAAAUGAGGUGACAACUGGAAGCACAAGCUUUGAAAAUGUCUAUGAUGAACAUCCAGAUUUUGACAAACACAAGGACAAAAAGAAGAAGAAGAAGAAAGACAAGGAAAGGAAUAAUCUGAUGUCGCCAUUUGAUGACAAGAAAAAGAGAAAGAUGACAAAGAAAAAGAGAGGACAGGACGCUGAUACUGACUGGGACGAUAGAGAGGCAAGCAGGACCCCUGUUCGUUCAGAUCUGGCAUCCUCUUUGAAUAAAAUGGAAGAGAAGGAACCUAGCCCACUGCAGGAGGCAUUGAGCCAGCUUAUCAGACAGCUCCAAAGGAAAGAUCCCAGUGCAUUUUUCUCCUUCCCUGUGACUGAUCUUAUCGCUCCUGGCUACUCUACCAUCAUCAAGCGGCCCAUGGACUUCAGUGCAAUGAAGGAAAAGGUCAAGAAAGAGUAUUACCAGUCAUUGGAGGAACUCAAGGUUGACUUCAGGAUUAUGUGUGAGAAUGCCAUGAUCUACAACAAGCCUGAGACCAUCUACCACAAAGCUGCCAGAAAGCUGCUCCACUCUGGCAUGAAGAUCCUCAGCCCGGAGAGGCUUGAGAGCCUGAAGCAGAGUAUUGAGUUCAUGGCUGAUCUGGAGAAUCCAGCUAACCAGUCUGGGAAGACCGGAGAGGAGGAAAGCCAAUCCGGCAUUGACCUGUGUAAAGAUGUCCUCAGCCUCACUGACCCUAGUGAGACCUCCCUGUCUGCUCCAAACACACCCAACACUCCCAGGAAAGAAAAGGACUCCAAAGACGAAGUCUCCAAGGUUGUCAGUCAGGCAGAAAAGGAUCUUGAGGAGAUCCGAAAGCUCAUAGAAGAUUCAGGAGGAAAACUGUCCAAUAGAGACCUUGGGAUUGAGCUGGACUUUAAGAGGCGGAAGUCUGAUGGUACCACCACACUAGCAGUCCUGAACCCUGUUGACCUGGUAGCUGGAGAUGUGGGCUACUGCCCUGUGAAGCUGGGCAUGAUGUCCAACCGGCUGCAGAGUGGCAUUAACACCCUGCAGGGCUUCAAGGAGGACAAAAGGAAUAUGGUCACACCAGUAUCAUACAUGAACUAUGGUCCGUACACCACCUACGCACCCACCUACGAUUCAAGCUUUGCAAACAUCGGGAAAGAGGACUCUGACCUGAUCUACUCCUUCUAUGGAGAGGAGUCCAGCCUUCAGGGCUCUGAAAGCCUUUCAGAGUUUCUGUCCAAAUCUGAGGAGCACAUGUACAAACUGGCCGACAACCUCUUGGACGCUUUGACUAAUGGAGAGCACUCCAAGACCUUGAAAGAAGUGGAACCAAUUUGUCCAGAUGAGCGAGUGCCAGCGGAAACCUCAGAGACGAAAGACAAGGAGGUGGUUGAAUCGGAGACAGGGAAGCAGGCUCAAAGCAAGCUAGCUUCUCUGGGCCCUGUGACUGGCUUAGACCUGCAGACUCCAUCGGAACUCCUCACUGAGGCAGAGGCCCAAAACUUUCAGCAGAAGUUGGAUGAGACUACACAACUCCUAUGUGAGCUACAAGAAGUGCAGAGGGAACGUCUGAGUGUCAAGCAGCCCCCCAACAUAAUCUGCCUGCUAGCCCCCACCACCAAGGAGCUACAGCUGGCUGAGAAGGUGACCGGAAACCUGGCACAGCUCACCAGUCAGGUGGCACCAGGAGAUGUGAGCAGUGUGUAUGGGAUCAGGAAGGCCAUGGGCAUUGCUAUACCUCUAGAGGAGGAUGAACCACUCGUAGACCUUGCUACAGUGGAGGCAGAGCCAAUGGAUACCUUACCUGUGUUUCGGGAGAAUGCAGUCAUUCCAAUAUGAGUUUCAAAUCAACCGCCCUCCUGAAUACAUCCAAUCUUUUUGUACUGUAGAAAAGUGAUUUUUGCUUGUUUUUUGUGCAUUUCAUUGAAUAAACUUUUUUGUAUAAUUUA